CCAAAGAGCAAGUGAUCGAAGGGAAGGAAGAAAACCAUGGCUGGUGAAGGAGAUCUGCAGCUACUGGGCGGGUCGGUGAGUCCGUUCACGCUCCGCGUACGCAUGGCGCUGCACGUCAAGGGCGUGAGCUACGAGUACCUCGAGCAGGACCUGGUGAACAAGAGCGACCUCCUCCUCGCGUCCAACCCGGUGCACAAGAAGGUCCCGGUGCUUAUCCACGGCGGUAAGCCCAUCUGCGAGUCCGUCGCCAUCGUGCAGUACGUCGACGAGGUCUGGGUGGGGGCGGGCGUCCCCCCGCUCCUCCCCACCGGCCCCUACGACCGUGCCGUCGCUCGCUUCUGGGCCGCCUACGUCGACGACAAGCUGUUCCCUGCGUGGCUAGCCAUCCUGCGCGCGGCCACGGAGGAGGACAGAGCGCAAAAGCUCGCCGCCAGGCUCGUGGUGCUCGCGCCCAUGGAGGAGGCCUUCUCCGCCUGCUCGCCCUUCUCCUCCGGCGGCGACUCCAUCGGGUACUUCGACCUCGCGCUCGGGUGCCAGCUCUUCUGGUUCGACGCGCUGAGGGAGAUGUUCGGCGUGACGGUCAUCGACGAGGGCAGGACCCCGCGCUUCGCCGCGUGGGCUGAGAGGUUCCUGGAGACGGAGGCGGCCAAGACGGUGAAGCCGCCCAUGAGCAGCAUGCUGGAGUUCGCCGGGCUGCUGCGGGCUCGCUGGGCUACUGCUGAUACCGCGGCCGCCAAGUAGGUGGCUCGGUGGAGCUUCUUGAUGUGAAGUAAUGGCCAAUGGUUUUUGUUUUAAGGUUGCAAUCGCGUGUCGUCACUUUUUUUAUUUUUCGACAUCAUCGUCUUUCGUCACUUUUUUUAGUUGUGUGACCCAUUUCAUCCUGUCCACUAUGCAAUAAAUGGUCAUUUGUUUUGGUAA